AUGUGCUUUCUCAUCUUAUUCUCCCUGGUACGUUACGCCUGUCGUCUGAGCCUCCGGGUGCAUUAUCUACCACCUUACCACCUACCAACAGUCACCAAACGAACUGUGCUGAGUCAGAUGGCCAGAAUCUUCGAACCUUUGGGAUGGCUAGCUCCUAUCACUUUCUACGCCAAAAUUUUCUUCCGUCAGCUCUGUCUUCUUCAUCUGGAAUGGGACCAACCUCUUUCGAAUGAAUCCCAGCCUUCGUGGUUGCGGUUUCAAUCCCAGCUUCCCACCUUGGCAGAACUUCAUAUCCCACGAUUCAUCCCUGCCGUGUCAUCUUCUGCUCAUCAGCUGAUUGGCUUCUGUGACUCAUCUGAGUCGGGCUACGCUGCAGUCGUCUAUCUUCGCAGUUCUACAUCAUCUGAUCAAUACCACGUGUCUCUUCUAGCGGCCAAAUCUAAAAUCGCUCCUUGCAAAGCUGUGACCCUGCCUCGUCUUGAACUGUGUGGUGCCCAUCUGCUCGCAAAGAUCAUGCAUCAUCUGUCCACCCGCGUUAUGCCGAAUCUCACAACUGAGUGUAUUGCCUUUUGUGACUCUUCCGUUGCUUUGUCGUGGAUCCGCGGUGAAAGUCACAGAUGGAAGAUAUUUGUUGGCAAUCGAGUCGCUGAGAUCCAGGAUUUAGUUCCUUCAGAUUGCUGGAGGCAUGUGGUGUCUGAGGAUAAUCCAGCUGAUUGUGCCUCUCGAGGAUUGAUGCCCGCGGAUAUUCAUCAUCACCAUUUAUGGUGGCGUGGUCCUCCUUGGCCAUCGCUAGACGCAUCUUCGUGGCCUCUUUCCUCUGUUGAUUCCUCUCAAAUUGAACAAGUGGAGGUCGAGGCCAAGCCGAUCUCCACUUUCAUGUUAGCAGCCAUCUCAGAUGAACCCACCUUGAUUGAACGUUUUUCCUCGUAUCUUCGUCUCAAGCGUGUGACUGCCUUUUAUCGACGUUUCAUUCUAAAUGCUCGUAAUCCAUCUUUACCUCGCUCAGGUUUCCUAUUGAGCUCCAGGAGGCCGAGAUCUGUUUGA